AAGGAGGAGAGGAGGAGUGACAGGGCCAGAAGGAAGCCUGGCCCUGCAGACCUGGGGUGAGGGCAGUCCUGCCACCUUGGGGCCAGGCGGGUCCCACACACCACACCUUCCCGUCCCUGGCUUUCAUAGGACAGCACAAGCCCAGGGCCACCUCGGGGGCCGCUUGGCCCCUGCAUCUUCUCCAUUUUCUCCCCAGCCCCAGGAACAGACUAAAGAGGACAAGUGGGAAGCAGCUGCCCCAGAGAAAAGCAGAAGUGGGAGCCCUGGAGACUGACCCUCCCCAGGGGGCUGGAGCCUGUGUCCUGUGGGGCUUGGUGCCCGGAGGUGACAUCUGUGCAGGAGAAAUGAGCCCCAGGGGCCUGAUGGCCUGGCCCCCCUUGGCUCUGCUGCUUCUCUGGCUCCCAGACUGUGUUCCUCUGAGUGGCCCCAGCAAGGUGACGGGCACCGUGGGAGGAUCCCUGACCGUGCAGUGUCACUAUGGCGAGAAAUUCAAGGACAAUGACAAACUGUGGUGCAAAAAAUCACUUGUAAGUUGUAAAGAUAUUGUGAAGACUAGAGGCUCAGAGACAGAGGUGCGGAGCGGCCGAGUAUCCAUCCGCGACCACCCUGCAAACCUCAGCUUCACAGUGACCAUGGAGCGCCUCACCCUGGAGGACGCAGGCUCCUAUGAGUGCCGGGUAGACACACCAUGGCACGAAGGCUUUGACCCCUUCUUCGAGGUUGAGGUGGCCGUGCAGCCAGAUUUGCCACCAGCAACGUCAGGGACACUUACAAGUGUCACGACAGCGAAGACCUUGACAACCACAAGCAGAGCCCAAGGUGCACUGUCCACCAGCCUGGCCACAGAGAGUGCCACCCCUGAUCCCAGGAGCCAGGACCUCUACCAUGGCCAGGGCCCAGGGCCCCUGGUCAUCAGUGUCUACCUCCUGCUCCUGGCCUUGAAGGUGCUCCUGCUCCUGAGCAUGCUCAGUGCUGUCCUCUGGGUGAACAGGCCUCAGAGAAGCUCCAGGUCCAGGUGACGGCAGCAUGACUGUGAGAACCAGUGACCUCUGCUGUCCUGAGGCCACCUCCAGGGACACCCCCUGCUGGAGGAGGGGACAACUCCUGACUUAUCUGCAUUUCUAUUAGAACCCUCUGAGGCCUUUGUGACCUUCUAGAAGCCUUUCCUUGGCUCAUCACACACAUGGACAGGCGUGUCUAGUGCGUGCACUUCCAGCCAAGGCCACUGCAGCCCGUGUGCCCAGCCUGUCACGGGGCAUCGCUGACGUGAUGCAGCCCUUCUGGUCUCUUGUGCCUCCUUCCUACCCUCCUGGGCGCCCUAACAGGGCUGCAUGCUCCUCCUCCACCUGCUUGAAGGUCUGCACUGCCAUGCGUAUGCUCCCAGGGCGCAAGGUUUAGCUUUGCUCAUUGUUGAACUUCACAUAAACAGGAUUUUAUGUUCA